AUGGCAGGUUGCGCCGCUUCAUGCUCCAGCCGCCAGCCUGAAGCCUUUCCAGGCGAUAGGCAAAACCCCAAAUGCGGCCGCUGCCAAUCUCGAAACAUAGAAUGCAUGCCCGUAGAGCGCAAAGCUGUCUUCCGGCGCGGCCGGGUGUCGAGGAAACACGAUCUCCAUGAAAACAUGUUUGCGGUCAAUCAGACAUGGGUAAAUAGCCGGCCGAGGAAGUGGAAGGGGGCUAAAUCAGCCGUCGACGGCGCUCAGCAGGGUGCGAGCCCUAACCCGGGUGGGUCGAAUCGGGAGCAGGCGUCGGUGUCAGAGGGAGCAGAUGCAGUCGAACUGAACCUCGAUUAUUUCCCCAGGCAGACAUGUAUGGACCCGAGUCUAGACCAUCUUCCGGUCCAGGAAUGCAUUGGCGAAGGGAGUACCGGUGUACGGGCCAGGACUGAGGACUCUGGGCUCGAGGACGCUAUCCUCCCGCGAGCGGCUGUUGAGGGGCAUACAUCACUGACGCGGCUCAAUGUGCUUGUCUCUGCUGCAGUGGGUAACCAGACACAGCAUGAAUCCCCGGUAACUGUUCAAGGAGUGAGCUAUAGCAUCAGUGCAAGCCCUCAGGCCCCGUACUCCAGCAUCAACAGUCCGGUCUCCUCCUAUCAACCGCUCGCCUCCGUCCAAGAAUCCUGCCUGCUCCGCUACUUUAUAGAGGAGCUGUCCCCCUGGUUCGAUCACUGCGACCCUCAAUCCCAUUUCCGACAACUCGUCCCUCACCGAGCCCAGAGAAGCCGGUAUCCAUCUCUACUCAAUGCCAUAUUCGCUGUCUCUGCACGUCAUCUUAGCAGGCUCCCUCAGUACAGAACGCUAGAGGGGAAUAUCAAUUACCACGGUCAGUCUCUGCCGGGCCUCUCGACCUCAUCCGCGGUAGAGUACAUGCUCAAAUGCAUUCCGGGGCUGUCUUCAUUUCACGAUAUUGGCAAUCUGACCGAACAGGAGAAUCUCAUGUGCGCCGCGAUCAUAUUACGGCAGUACGAAGAGAUGGAGGAGGAGAUGGAAGAAAUGGGGACGGAUCCCAUCUCCUUCCUCACUGAUAGCAGCUUCGGUGGUGAAAAUACAGGUGAGGGAGAUAGUCCAAUAGAAAAACAGGUGAAUUUCCUCGCCAUCACCCAGACAAUCAUCCAGGCCAUGAUAUCGGUCUCGUCCCCCCUGCAGCGCUCUCCUUUAGCCGUGGCAGCAUACUGGAUCGCCAUCCGCCAAGAGGUAUACUACGCACUUACAAGAAAGAGUGCUCCCUGCCUUACAUUUACGGCGCAGGAUUGGGAGAGCGCGGCCAUUGCGAACAAGAUGAUUAUGCAUGCAGGGGAGGUGACUAAGUGGUGCUGGGGAGAUAGGACUCUUAGUGAAUACGGUACAUCGCCUUUCCUGCUUGCCUUGCUAUACGCCCUUUCCCAACGCCUGAGACACCACCAGCAGCAGCUCAUAACCGCGUACUCGUCUCAACUGACCCCGAUCCUUCACAGGCUCGCCGACAGAACCAAAGGCGAUAUAUUCCCGACCAUCUGGUAUGCCACCGAUGCACAAGUGACCGGCGUGCAGCAUCUAGAGCUGGCACGGAUGAUAUUGAUUGCUGAGAAUCCGCGUUUACUCGUGUCUCACAGCAUGCACCGCAGAACCGAGUUCAUUGUGCGGAACAUUGUGCUCAAUCUCUGUGGUAUCGCAGUCGACGUCUCAAGGCGGAUGCCGGCACUUGUUAAUGCAGUCAUUUCCAUUUUGCUCUACGGCGAGUACUUCACCGAUCUGGCGGAACGGAAUGCGCUGCUGAAUAUCAUUGAGCGGAUGAAGGAUAUGCGUGCUUGGCCUCUGAGAAGGGGGGUUGAGAGGUUACGGAGGGCCUGGAGGGAGGCAGACAAUUAUAAAUAUAUAGUAGCAAGGUACAGAGCCCUUCGCCUUACCGCUCUUCAACGCAGUCCCGAAGCAUUCACUUCGACCUACGCCCGCGAAGCCCAGUUCGACGACAAGACCUGGACAAUUCGCGUCUUGAAUCCACUAGCAACAGUCUUCAUCGUGCCUUUUCCAGAGACUGCGUCCGAGGAUAUCGGCACCAGGCCUAAUGAUGACGAGGACAUGCUUAUGAAGCGACCCUGGCUCGGCCAGCUCACUCUGAUGGGACCGGUCUUCUUCCCAAUCAACGACGAGAAGGCAGCCCGUGUACCGUGGGAUUUAUUCAAAAAUAUUGACUUUGAGCAAGCAGCAAGGGAUGCUGCCUCUAUUCCCGCUGGCUCGAAUGUCGUUUAUGUCCUCGUUGGCAUGUAUGUCCUUCCCGAAGGACGCGGAGCAGGGAAUGGGCAGCGGCUGCUAGAGGCUGCUAUAAGAGUGGUUGACGAGGAGAGAAAGGCGAAGAAAGUCAAUGCGACGGUUAUACUUCUGGUGGCGCGCGAGAAUAAAAAGGCAAAGAGGCUGUAUGAGCGUGUCGGAUUCGUCUCGUGGGAGGAUGGUGUUGAUAUCGAGGGUGAGACGCAUUGGGCAUUGAGCUUGACUUUGGCUGAGUAG